CAGUGAGCUAUUGGACAUGCUGCACGUGUUGUGUACGUAGUGCAUUUAAUGCUGUGCAGUAUUUCGUAGGCAACUGUUGACGGACUCGGUAGCUUUUUCUGCUUCAACUUUCCACCAGAUCGAACUGCCAGAACUCCAAAAUGGCAAAAACAAUUAAAAAACAGAAACGGAAGGACAAGAUCAGUACAUCUGGAUCCAGUUCCAAUCCGGAUCGGCUGAAGGGGGCUGGAGGCCACAACAUGCGUGACAGAGCGACAAUCAAACGCCUGAAGAUGUAUAAAGGCGGCAAACCAACCAGGAAUGCCGCAGGGAAGAUCAUCAAGCCAGCUAUAUUUCAGUCCCGAUUGCCGUCGGGAUCUGUCGCCAGGGUGGAUCCUAAUCGCCGAUGGUUUGGCAACACCCGAGUCAUCACACAGUCAGCAUUGCAGACUUUUCAAGAUGAGAUGGGCAAAGUAUUGAAGGAUCCAUAUCGAGUUGUGAUGAGACAAACCAAGCUUCCUAUCACACUGCUACAGGAAAAAGCAAAGAAUGCAAGAGUUCACCUUCUAGACACAGAGAGCUUUGAAUCAACAUUUGGUCCCAAGAAACAAAGAAAGCGGCCCAAUCUGAAAGUGUCAGAUAUGGAGGGUCUUCUCAAAACCGUGGAAGACUCAACUGAUAAAUAUGACGAGGAGAAAGACAAAGACCUAGUAACGGAGGACGAAGGAAUCAGGCCGGAGGUCAGAGAGUGGAUCUUCGGAGCCGGACAGUCUAAGAGAAUAUGGAAUGAGCUGUAUAAGGUGAUUGACUCGUCUGAUAUCUUGGUGCAAGUGCUGGACGCCAGGGACCCCAUGGGUACCAGAUCCAAGUUUGUGGAGACUUACUUGAAGAAAGAGAAGCCACAUAAGCACCUGGUCUUCGCAAUGAACAAGGUGGAUCUUGUGCCGACAUGGGUCACAAAACGUUGGGUGGCCAUCCUCUCUGCCGAAUAUCCUACGCUUGCGUUUCACGCAAGCGUCAAGAACCCAUUUGGCAAAGGCGCACUCAUACAACUCCUGCGACAGUUUGGCAAGCUCCAUAUUGACAAGAAACAGAUCAGCGUGGGCUUCAUCGGUUACCCAAACGUCGGCAAGAGCUCUGUUAUCAACACACUGCGGGCCAAGAAGGUCUGCAAGGUAGCGCCGGUACCCGGCGAGACCAAAGUCUGGCAGUACAUCACACUGAUGAAGCGUAUCUUUCUGAUCGAUUGCCCCGGGGUGGUCUAUCCGACGGGGGACACCGAUGCGGAGAUUGUCUUGAAAGGAGUGGUUCGUGUUGAGCGGUGCGAGUCCCCUGAAGAUUACAUCCCCGUCCUUCUCGAUCGGGUCAAACUAGACUACAUCAGGAAGACCUACCGACUGACCGACUGGACCGAUCCCACCGACUUCCUGGAAAAAGUUGCCCAGAGAACUGGCAAGCUUCUAAAGGGUGCAGAGCCUGACAUCCGUACCGUUGCCAAAAUGGUUUUGAACGACUGGCAGCGAGGGAAAAUCCCGUUCUUCGUCAAACCUCCAAAUUGUGAAGUGGAUCCAGAAGUUGAGAAGAAAGAAGUGAUUGAUAAGGCUAAGGUGCAAGACGCCGAUGAUGCCUACAAGACUGUUGGACCUCCGGAAACGUACUCCAGCACAGAACCUACUUCAGGCGUGACAGUGAAUGAAAACACCACAGCCGAACAAUCCAAAGACAUCACGGAUAGUCAAACAGUCUCGUCAGUCCAGCAAGAUUUCAGUGGCAUCAGUGUAGGGGUCGACUUCACCGGCGACGAUCUGCAGCCCGAUGGCAGCAGAGCAGAGAGCCCUCUUGUGGCAGGUAGCGGAGAGGAGGCUGAGAGCCCCCUAGAGGCCAGCAGUGAAGAGGCUGACACGGAACAUUCCGAACACGACCCGAGUGUCAAAGACUCCGAAGCGACUCCCUUGAACGACAGGAAAAAAGCUAAAGUGAGGAGCCGGAAACUCAAAAUUCCCUCCAUGGAGAAAAUGAUAGCCAAGUAUAAGUCGAACGCGCCGAGCUCGGAGGCAGCGAAUAUCGGAGUGACCGCGUUCGGAGUGAAUGCUUUCCUCAGCCGGGACAAUCAAAGGAUGCUGGCCAGCGUGCAGGCCGCGAAGAAACGCAAGGAGUCCGGAAAAGCAGGAGGGAGCGCCGAGAAAAAGACAAAGAAACGGAAACCAGCUGGACGCUCCUUCCUCAGACUCGACAAAUUUGAGGAGACGGAACUGGACAAGAAAGCCAAGAUGAGGAAACGAUACUUUGAAACGGCAGAUGAUGACGAGGAAGAAGGAAGGAAAGCCAAGAAGAAUAAGGGUCUCGGUUCCAAAGAGCGGAGGCGAACUGAGAGGAGUGCGCAGCCUAAGAAGACCGGCCAGCACUACUACGCAACGGCUAACGUCAAAAACAAGAACCGAAGCAGGAGUAAAGACUCCAACGCUAGACCAAGGAAAGGGGCAAAACAGAAGACUAAGUAA